AAAAACAAACAAGCAAAAAGCCGCUAAGAAGAGAAGUGUGUGUUGAAUUGCUUGACUCGGUCCCUGAACUUAGCAUCGUACAUAGAUAUUUUCGUCCUAAAUUGAGGCGAGAGGUCGCCAAUUCUAACCCAGUGUCUCAGUACAGUAUUCACCGUCAUCUUUUCUCAAAACAAAAAUCUCAAAUCGCGUGUACAGCCUGUGUACCACUUCAUAGACGAAGUUGUUUUGCGAAGCAUACCCAGUCUUGCAGCAUCUCCGGUUUGCCUUGAAUUAGAAAGUUGAACUCUGCAGCGAGAGUCCGCAGUUCGUCCAAGUCAGUCAAGCCUAAUAGUCAAGCCUAGUGAUGAUGCAAAUGAACAACAUCAAUCUCACCGAGGUUGGAAGAAGAGAGAAUGACUUUCAGCACCCAAUACUGGUCAACUAUAGAUCUCAAACGCUGAAGGAAAUGCCCGCAAGGUUCAUAUUUGAAUGUGCUCAAAAGUUGGAAAUGAAACCGCUCACUUCUGCCACGGCAGCAAUUUUGUACCAUCGAUUCUUCCGAGAGUUGGACGACACGGAAUACGAUCCGUAUAUGAUCGCAUGCUCCUGCCUGUAUCUGGCCGGUAAAAUCAAAGACGACAAAGUAAGGAAACGGGAUGUUAUUAACGUGGCCCACAACACGAUCCACCGUGGUGCCCCGCCGCUAGAACCGUGCGACGAGUACUGGUCGAUGUGGGAUACGAUAGUGCAAGCCGAGCUGUUCAUUGCGCGCGUGCUCAAGUUCGACAUGACGAUAGUGCACCCGCACAAGUACAUGCUGCACUACAUGAAAUCGCUGCAAGAUCAGUUCGGUGCGCAAGAUUGGCAGGCGAUGCCCGUUGCUAGGGCUGCCGCUUCCUUUCUGCAGGAUUUUCACCACAGUCCCAAAAUUCUCGACUACAAACCGGCCCAUACGGCCGUGUGCUGCCUUGCGCUGGCAUUUCAAGUGUAUGGAGUGCCGGUCCCACUAAUGGACGAAAUGGAUGAGACCACGCGCUGGUACAAUAUAUUCUGCCCGGAACUGACGCGCGAACAGCAUUGGGAGAUAAUGGAAAGUAUUAUGGACGUGUACGACAUGGAGACGAUCAUCAGUGAGAAUUAAUUCAAUUCCAACGGAUUACCACGCUACAGCAAAAAGGAGGCAAUAGUAUUUCGGAAGCACCACUUCCGGGCAGUAUCUUCAUCGUUAUGAUCGUAAUCAUCUACAUACUUUGCAUUCUUAUCGUUAGCGAAAAAAUGCCAUUUGGAAUUCUCCAUUAUUUCGUGAUACAACAAAAAAGUGACAAAAUAGUGAUGUGCUCAAUCGUGCUACUCGUAGCUGGUGGAGUUAGUGUUUAAGAAUGCAAAAUACAUAUUUUCUCAAUUCUGUAAAA